AUGGGUGAGGAGAACUGCAGCACUGUGACAGAGUUCAUUAUCCUUGGAUUAUCUGAUGCCCCUGAGCUGAAAGUCUUCCUCUUCCUGCUGUUCCUUCUCAUCUACGGAGUCACAGUUUUGGCCAACCUGGUGUCCUUUGUGGAUUUUUGCUACUCCUCAACCAUUGUGCCAAAGAUGCUGGCUAAUAUAUUAAACAAGGAAAAAGCCAUCUCCUUCCUGGGGUGCAUUGUGCAAUUCUCCUUGUUUUGCACAUACGCAGUCAGUGAGUCCUUUCUACUUGCUGUGAUGGCCUAUGACCGCUUUGUGGCCAUCUGUAACCCACUGCUCUACAUGGCCUCCAUGUGUGAGAAGGUCUGUGGAGAGCUGGUGUCUUGCUGCUACCUCUGUGGAGUGGUGUGUUCUCUGAUUCACUUGUGCUUAGUUCUUGAGAUCACAUCCUACAGAUCAAAUGUGAUUAACCAUUUCUUCUGUGACCUCCCCCCUCUCUUAAGUCUUGCUUGCUCUGAUGUUACUAUGAACAAGGUCCUUCUUUUUAUUCUGGCCACUUUCAGUGAGAUCUUGGCCAUUGUGAUCAUUCUCACCUCUUACUUGCUUAUUCUCAUCACCAUCCUGAGGAUGCGCACUGCAGAGGGAAGGUGCAAAGCUUUUUCCACCUGUGCCUCCCACCUCACAGCCAUCAUUGUCUUCCAUGGGAUAGUCCUUUAUAUUUAUUGCCUACCCAGUUCAGGCAAUGAUGGGGAUGUGGAUAAAGUGGCCACAGUGUUCUACACUGUAGUGAUUCCCAUGCUGAACCCCCUGAUCUAUAGCCUGAGAAACAAGGACGUGAAAGAAGCUUUCAGGAAAGUGGUUGGAUCCAAAUUAUAUUCUUAG